CCCCGUCCGGUCGGCCGAGCUCAGUUGGGCCCAGGCAGUCGAGGGGGGAGGACGGCCGACGCGCCCCCUUGUACACGCCAGCUAUCCGCGAGCACCGCCGCGCCGCGCGCGCGCCCGCCCUCCACCUGUAGCUGUGUGAGUGUGCGCGUGUGUGUGAGACGCGACCACGCACGCACACGGGCCGCGCGAGGCUGAGUGCGUGCACGCCUGUAUCUGUCGCGCUCCGUGGUGGUGACAGUGUGUGUGUGCACGUGCGAGCGUGCGAGUUGUGAGUGUGUUUGUGUAGGUGCACGGAGGAGAUGUGACCUGAUGAGCGAAAGGAUUUAACGCCGCAGUCGCAUCGUAUCACAUCUGCCCGUCGCGAGUCCAAAGGAGCAGCGCGGGCCGCCCCCCAACCCACACCACGCCGUCACCAUGAGGCUGCCGUCCGAGAUCCAGGGCACCCGCGAGGAGCGGGUGGCGCAGUUCAAGAACGACGCCGAGCUCAUGGGGGUGGCCACCAAGCUGGUGGCCGAGGUCAUCGAGAAGGCCAAGGGCGAGGCCAUGAAGCGGCGGAAGUCUGGAGCCGUCUCCCAGCAGGCGUCGGUGGAUGCAGGUCGGGGACAACUCGCGGACGCCAGGCCCUCGCUGGACGCGGGGGGCGCGCCCGAGGAGGCGGUGCCCGUGUCGGCGCAGCGGAUAAAGUUGGCCCUGGGCAGCAUCAAGGAGCGUGUCUCGACGGCGUACGGCUCGCUGGCCGAGCGGCUGCGCACCGGCUACCGGGUGUCUCUGGAGCGGCCCUCCUGGGCGCGCGGGGCCGGCGAGCGGCCCCUGCUCCGCAACCCGUUCACCCGCAGGGGCUCGGGCCAGGGCUCGGGCCAGGGCUCGGGCCAGGGCUCGGGCCAGGGCUCGGGCCAGGGGUCCCCGCAGGGCGCCGCCCAGGGGGCGGCCAACGGCGGCGCCAAGCAGGGGCCCCUCGCCACCUAGGCACGCGUGGUACUCACCGAUCAAGAGGGAUCGCUGGCAGCGCCGGGCCCGGGGCUUCUUCGUGCGCGCGCUCGCCAUCCUGUGCUUCCGCCCGCGACGCGCCACCGGGAACCUGGUCCUCGCCGCCGCCCCGCGGCCGCAGACCGCCUGAGGCCUGAG